AUGGUUCUAAUAGAGGAGGCAGUCCUCUCACCUACAUCCAGAGGCCCAGAUGAGUGCUGCCUGUCGUGGGAGCCUCCCCCUAAAGCAGAGUUUACGAGUCUCCACACCAUGUCCACCCAAUGCAGCAAUACGUUCACGAGAGGUUCCAAUCUCCGUAAGAACACAGGAGAGAAGCCCUUUGAGUGUACUGUAUGCAACAAGAAAUUCGCCCGCAGUUCCCGUCUCCAUGACCAUUUCCGAACGCACUCAGGAGAGAAGCCUUUUGAGUGUACUGUGUGCAACAAGAAAUUCGCCAGCAGUUCCAAUCUCCAUGACCAUCUCAGAACGCACACAGGAGAGAAGCCUUUUGAGUGUACUGUGUGCAACAAGAAAUUCGCCAGCAGUUCCAAUCUCCAUGACCAUCUCCGAACGCACACUGGAGAGAAGCCCUUUGAGUGUACUCUGUGCAACAAGAAAUUCUCGGAGAGUGGCAAGCUUCGCACGCAUCUACGAACGCACACUGGAGAGAAGCCAUUUGAGUGUGCUGUGUGCUGCAAGACAUUUUCUCAAAGUUCUAAUCUUUCUGUACAUCUUCGAACGCACUCUGGAGUAAAGUCUUUUGAGUGUACUGUGUGCAACAAGAAAUUCGCCAGCAGUUCCAAUCUCCAUGGCCAUCUCCGAUCGCACACAGGAGAGAAGCCUUUUGAGUGUACUGUGUGCAGCAAGAAAUUUGUGCAGAAAUCCCAUCUCCAUGCACAUCUUCGCACGCACACAGGAGAGAAGCCCUUUGAGUGUACUGUGUGCAACAAGAAAUUCGCCAGCAGUUCCAAUCUCCAUGGUCAUCUCCGAACGCACACAGGAGAGAAGCCUUUUGAGUGUACUGUGUGCAACAAG